GUGUCCUCUCCCACACUAAAACCCUAAUCAAACCCUCAAAAGAGUCAUCAAACAAGAUGUCUUGUAUUCGUCUCAGCCAACUCCGUCGCUUUUCGACCACCACCAAUGCAGUCGCCGCCGUUCACUUGUCCUCCAUUUCAGUUUCUCAAGCCAAAAACAAACUACGCACCGAAUACGACCCUGACAAAGCCCUCGAAAUCUACUCUUCCGUUUCCAAAAACUACUCUUCCCCUGCUUCUUCCCGCUACGCUCAAGACCUCACCGUCCGCCGCCUCGCCAAUUCCCGCCGUUUCUCCGAGAUCGAAUCCUUUCUCGAGUCGCACAAAACCGACCCCAAGAUUUCUCAGGAGCCUUUCCACUCUACUCUCAUCAGGUCUUAUGGGAUCGCUGGCAUGUUAGAUCAUGCCAUCAAAACUUUCCAUCAAAUGGAUCAAUUUGGUACCCCAAGAUCAACAAUUUCUUUCAACACCUUGCUCUCGGCCUGUAAUCACUCAAAGCAGUUUGAUAAAGUCCCCCAACUGUUCGACGAAAUUCCCAAGAAAUACAAUGGUGUUUCACCAGACAAGGUUUCCUAUGGGAUUUUAAUUAAAGCUUAUUGCGAAGCGGGUCAUCCUGAUAAAGGGCUCGAGGUUUUAAGAGAAAUGGAAAGGAAAAGCGUUGAGGUAACUACAGUUACCUUUACAACAAUUUUAAAUGGUUUGUACAAGAAGGGAAAAACUAAAGAAGCUGAGAAGUUAUGGAUGGAGAUGAUGAAGACUGGUUGUGAAUUAGAUGUUGCUGCCUACAACGUUCGGAUUUCGAACUUUCAAGACGGGGAUCCGGAGAAAAUGAAGGAACUGAUUGAUGAAAUGAGCAGCCUGGGUUUGAAACCGGAUACCAUCAGUCAUAAUUAUCUAAUGACUUGUUAUUUUAAGAGAGGCAUGUUAGAUGAAGCUAAGAAGGUUUAUGAAAGAUUGGAAAGUAAUGGGUGCAACCCUAAUGCGGCUACCUUUAGGACUAUGGUGUUUUAUUUGUGCUUAAAUGGGUUGUAUGAGCAAGGUUAUAGGGUGCUCAAAGAGAGUGUAAGGUUAAAUAAGAUUCCAGAUUUUAACACAUUGAAGCCUUUGGCGGAGGGACUGGUGAAGAAAAAGAAGAUCAAGGACGCAAAAGGGUUAAUCAGGACGGUAAAGAAGAAUUUUCCUCCGAACUUCUUGAAUGCCUGGACCAAGCUCGAGAAAGAACUUCGUUUGGUUUCUUGUAGUGAUGCUAAUGCUGAAGUUCAAGAGGCCAAAGAAUCUACGGGUUAGAAGUGUGAUUGUAGCUGUUAUUUGCUGGUGGUUUAUUUAUAUGCUAAUUUCAGGUAAAACAACCAUAAAAGAAACUUGUAUGGAGAUAGUUUUGCAAAUGCCAAAUCUGCUUUAUUUUCAA